GAAGGAAAGAAUCAACGUUCCAGUCUUCAUUUGUGUUUUUGUAGAUAGAAGCCCAGCCAUGGAUAGGCUUCUAUCAUCGCCUUCACCCCCUUCUUUCACAUUUCUCACUCGAUUCGAAUCUGCAACUGCAAGAUUCAUUUUCACACGUUCUCAUUCUCACUUGAAGCGGGUCACCUCAAUUUGUUGCCAGCAUGCUAAUCCAUCUCCUUUCACUCCCUUUCUCGCUUCUUCCAACCACCCCAAUACUUUUCCAUCCAUUUCCUCUCCUUCAGUUCGCUCCACACCCGAAUCCCAUUCUCUCAAUCAAAUCAAAACUGGGGCUUUCCAAAAACCAAAGGUAAUAACAGCUCGGACGCUUGUAAUACUUUCUGCUCUUGCUAUGAUCUUAAUCCAACCAGCUAUUGCACCAGCAGCUUUUGCUACCUUUCAAACUGCUGCCAAGACUGGUGGUCCUGCUGCUGCAGUUGGUAGAAAACUAAUCCAUACUGAGCUCCUAAGUAGUGCUUGGACUGGUUUCUUAGCUGGCUGCUUGCACACCUUAUCAGGGCCUGACCACCUAGCUGCCUUGGCUCCAUUGUCAAUCGGUCGAACACGAAUGGAGAGUGCUGCUGUUGGAGCCCUUUGGGGUUGUGGCCAUGACGCCGGUCAGGUUCUUUUUGGGUUAAUAUUUCUUAUCCUCAAGGAUCAACUCCAUAUUGAAAUUAUCCGAACUUGGGGCACCAGAGUGGUGGGUCUUACUCUGCUAAUAAUUGGUGCUUUGGGAAUUAAAGAAGCUUCAGAAGUACAUGCCCCAAUUGUUGCAUUAGAAAGUGAUGAAUGCAAUGUCAACGUGUAUGAAUCACUUGAUAAUCCAACAGUAGGCAAAAAGAAGAUAGGUUUUGCUACUUUUGCAACAGGGAUAGUCCAUGGCCUGCAACCAGAUGCAUUGAUGAUGGUGUUGCCUGCCCUUGCUUUGCCUUCACGUUUAGCUGGUGCUGCGUUUCUCAUCAUGUUCUUAAUUGGAACUGUAAUUGCAAUGGGAAGUUAUACUGUGUUUAUAGGCUCGUGUAGCCAGGCACUGAAGGAUAGAGUACCUAGGAUAACCGAGAAACUCACUUGGGCUUCUUCCCUUAUUGCAAUAGCCCUCGGAUUGGCUAUCAUUAUUAGCCAGUUUUUUGGGUUUCAUCUGUAUUAAGUAUUAAAACAUUUUUAAUCAGACUUUUUUUGGUAUUUAGAAAAAGUAGAGACGUUGGACAGAAAUUUGGGUUGUUUAGAGGAAGUACAAUCCAGGAAACAUGUGAAAUUGAUUGUUGAUUAUUUACUUUGCACUUGAAUGUGUGUAGGUAUAUGUAAGUUCCAUGAUUCUGCAGCUGAGAACAGCGUAGCUCUUUUGUCUAUAUUUCUGGAAUUUAUUUUAUAUACUGUUGUCUGUCA